AUGUACGCCAAAGGCAAGAGUAGCAACGUGCCGUCCGACAGCCAGGCCAGAGAAAAGUUGGCUCUUUAUGUGUACGAGUAUCUGCUGCAUGUAGGAGCACAGAAGUCAGCACAGACCUUUCUGUCAGAGAUCCGAUGGGAGAAGAACAUCACAUUAGGAGAACCUCCGGGGUUCCUCCACUCAUGGUGGUGUGUUUUCUGGGACCUGUACUGUGCAGCUCCAGAGAGGAGAGACACAUGUGAACACUCCAGUGAGGCCAAGGCUUUCCAUGAUUACAGUGCCGCAGCAGCUCCGAGCCCCGUCCUUGGGAACCUUCCACCGGGAGAGGGCAUGCCAGUGGGUCCUGUUCCUCCAGGAUUCUUCCAGCCCUUUAUGUCCCCACGAUACCCCGGAGGACCCAGACCGCCCCUCAGAUUACCAAAUCAGGGACUUGGAGGAGUUCCAGGUGGUCAGCCGAUGUUACCCAGUGGGAUGGAUCCCACGCGACAGCAAGGACAUCCAAAUAUGGGAGGACCAAUGCAGAGGAUGACUCCACCCAGAGGCAUGGUGCCACUAGGGCCCCAGAAUUAUGGAGGGGGGAUGAGGCCACCACUGAAUGCCCUGGUUGGACCUGGGAUGCCUGGUAUGAGCAUGGGACCUGGCGGUGGUCGACCCUGGCCAAAUCCUCCCAAUUCAAACUCGACCCCUUACUCCUCUGCAUCUCCAGGGAGUUAUGUGGGACCUCCAGGCGGAGGAGGGCCUCCUGGUACCCCCAUAAUGCCAAGUCCAGCAGAUUCAACUAACUCUGGUGACAACAUGUACACAAUGAUAAACACAGUUCCUCCAGGAGGAAGCCGACCAAACUUCCCUAUGGGUGCGGGAAGUGACGGUCCAUUAGGGGGAAUGGCUGGAAUGGAGCCCCAUCACAUGAAUGGAUCUUUAGGGUCAGGUGAUAUGGACAGUCUCCCCAAGAAUUCUCCUGGUAACUUAAGUAUGAGUAACCAGCCAGGGACACCUAGAGAGGAUGGAGAGAUGGGAGGAAACUUCCUUAACCCUUUUCAGAAUGAAAGUUAUUCUCCAAACAUGACAAUGAGCGUGUGAAGCCUCUGAAGGCAGUUUACGAAGUCACUCAGUGCCCUGCCGUGGAUCAGGGAAGAGCAGAGAGACAUGAUGUGAUGUCAUCCAGGCCAGCGACUGUCCCCCCUGGGAAAGUCGCCCGAGGCACCGUCCUUCUACAUCCCACUUGCACCCCAAACCCCCCCUCCAUGGUUUCUGCCCAUGUCUCUUCUCUCCUGUUCCCUCUAAGUGAUGACUCUGCUACAUUCAUUCAUCAGUUCUUUCCUACAACCAUGAGACUGUACAAAGAAAACAAAAUGAUACACGCCAGAGGAGAAUUCUUUGUAUAUUUGCAUCCAGUGUGUAUGAGAUGAUGCACACACAUUGGGCAGAGGUUUCUGCCUUUUUCAUCAUAUCGCAGAAUCCAAUAUCCAAAAAUGAAAUUCCGGAAUACUUAAGUGUCCAGACAGUUUUUGAAUAAUUUAUACGCCAAAAUGGUCAACUUUUUUUUCUGUCUUUCUGUCUCAGGAAUGAAUGUUGACCGUUACUAGGAGAAGGGAAGAGACAUCAUGAUCUCAUGUUUCCUUGAUUAUUGUUUUUCUUUUUUUGGAUCUUCUGCAGAUACUUGUGACACUGUUUCAAAAUUUGUGGUUGUCUUGAUCUUUAAAUAGCCUCGUCAUUGUUUUUUAUUUUUUCUGAUUUAUACUUUGGAUGACGUUUUGUAAUCUCUAAUGAAAAGAAAAAAAAACAGCUAAUUUUUAAAUCUUGCCAAGAUCUUUCAUUCUGCCCCACCCAAAGAGGAGAAUUCCAUCCAAAGUCAGCAUUCAUCUGGAUUAACAAAAAAAUCAACACAACCACAAAUAUGUUUAUGCAUUUUUAUUUGUAAGUUAAACAGUGACAAAAGUACUUUUACCUACAAUGAACUUUGGCUAAACAGUUGGCUACAAAUGUAAAGGUGAAAGUCUAUAAGCCUGAAGACAUCAUCUUUCAAAUGUUGCAUAGUCUCCCUUUAAAUCAUGUCAGAUCAGUAAAUUAUUUUUUAUUAAACGUGUUUUUUUCUGUGUUCAGUCGAAGACGUUAUUUCAACCAUUUGUGGAUAGUAUGCUUUUUCACAGCACCAUUGGACAAAAUCUCUACAGAAGAGGUUUUUAAUUUUUUUAAAUGAUUCAUGAGAGUACAUCCACGGGAAUAGCAACAUGCAUAUCAUAUCCCAUGUGAAGUAUUGAAUUAAGAAAUAGUAAAGAGAGGAUUGGUUAGAGUGGGAAUCUACAUGCUUAUAAAGCCCCUUUGGUCACUCGUACUUAAUUGUCAUCCGGCUAAACUGUGAUUUUAGUGUAAUAUAAAAGAUUGGUUGGUACAGAAAGCUAAAGAUAAGCUUGUUUUUGAUCAAGGUUGGAAUUUUUUCCUUCAACGCCCACAACUAAUUGUUAUCUUGUAUAAAGAUUCAAUAUCCCUGUGACCCCUCUCCUUUCUCCUCUACUGCAAAGUGUACAGCUCACAAAUGUAGCUCCUCUGUCUUGUAUGUGUAUUUGAUAUUAUUGUUAUUAUUAUUUGAAUAUAAAUCGGAGCGAAGGACUGAGAAUUACUGCUGAACGGAGACAUUUUGUUUUUGUGUUCGACUGAAGCCAUAAAUGGGAGUACAAGAAGAUGCAUCUGUAAACUGGAUCAUGUUUCUGUUUUGUGGCAGUAUGUGGGACUCCAUUUGUGAUGUGUUCAUUUUCUCUUUUUUAAUCUUGUAUUAUGUUUUUGUAAAUACACAGAGAAGUUUCAUGGGUUUUGAAUAUGCUGGUAUAAAGCUUCUCUUCCCUAAAUGAGUGUGUCCAGUGCGUCAUAUAUCACCUGGUGAGAAUUUCAUGCCAUAUUUGGCAUUGCAAACCAGAUUCCAAAGUUGUGUCUUCAGGCUCCUUUUGCUCAACAGUUUUACAAUGUUUUCUUAACAAUAGCAAAUAGAACAAGGGAUGAUUUAGUCAUGAUCUUACCCAACACCAAUUCUGC